CAGCUGAAAAGAGGGGUUGUGACCCUCACAAUUCGCACUCGUCUGCGUAGUCCCAGUCUAACGCCAUGUGCAACCCCAACCAUUCCCAGUCGCUCCAGCUCACCUAAUUCUUACUCCAGUGGAGGCACACCUGCCCCACUAGUUGUGGAUGAGAUUGAUGGCCACAGGACUCCUGGCCUAGGUCCAAAAGACUGCAUCAUCAUGGAGGUUACUCUUAAUAAAGAGCCUGGAGUGGGUCUGGGGAUUGGAGUUUGUUGUCUGACGCUGGAGAACUCUGCUCCAGGUAUCUACAUCCACAGCUUGGCUCUCGGAUCCAUUGCCAAAAUUGAUGGGAGGCUCAGUCGUGGAGAUCAGAUUCUGGAGGUGGACUCUGUCAGUCUUCGUAAUGCUUCACUCAGUGAAGCUUACGCCAUUCUCAGUGAAUGUGGUCCUGGACCUGUAAGUCUCAUUAUAAGCAGGCACCCAGACCCCAAGGUAUCAGAGCAAGAGAUGGAUCAGAUUAUUGCUCGAUCAACAAACAAGGACAAAAUGAUCAGAAAUAGACUCUCCUCGCAUUACCAAGGUCUGCCUAACAAGAGCCCCCGGACAGCUGUGAAGUCAAGGCAGGGGGACAGCCCCUCUGCUCUCAGCUGGACCAUGAAGAGGUUUCUUGAACCUGCCAGCAGAGCAUCCCUGAGCUCUGAGACGGAAUUAUCUCAGUACUUCCCUCAUGACGUUCCUGGAGACUCAGUCGUUUCUGAAUCUGUUCUGAAGAGCUCAAACAGUGAUCAAGGGCUCCACCAGCUGGGCCGCAGUACCUCAGCAGAAGAUGACCAAUUACAGCCACAAGCAUUCAGCACCUCUGUGACAGACAUAAACCACAGCCCUGUGUGCUUAACAUCACGCAACAAGACUUCUGUCCCUUUCCAUCAGCAUGUAGAGCCAAUUUGCCACACUCUCACUGCCUCCAGCUACGCCUCAGUGCGGAGCCCACUUCUCCGCCAGCGUAAGGUUAUAUGCUCUGAGCAUGAGCUCAGUGACAAUGAGGCCUUGGAUGAAGCUGAAAACAUUAAGCUACUUACCCAGCAAAAAAUCAACACAGCUCCACACUCACCACAGGCGCUAUCUGAUUCCACACCAAGUGGAGGAAAGAUAACAGCAGACCUGACACUCAGACAGCUCUGUGAGAGGGAGGAUGCUAGUGGUUUUCACACUGUUACCUUGAAGAGAAGAGAGGAAGAGACAUUUGGGCUGGACCUGGAGAUUAUGUCAUCCCCUCUGAGAGUUGUGGUUGCUGGGUUAAAGCCUGACCGGGCUGUGGAACUGGAUUGUGAAAGCAAACUCUGCCCAGGAGAUGAGAUUGUGAAAAUUGGAGAUAAACCAGUGAACUCUUCAAACUACCAGGAAAUCUGUGAACUUAUGCACAAUCUUCCAAUGACACUGUCUUUGGAGGUGAGGCGGGCAACCUCAGCUGUAGAACCGCUGUCCAAUGUGAAGACAACCUCAACGUGGGGCGGUGAUGACACCAUGAGACGGAACCCAGACCAACCUGGGAAGGAAACACCUCUUAAAGCUACAUGUAGAAACUCAGGAGAAUCCAAGAACUCGAACCAAACUGAAAGCAAAUUUCAAUCACCCAUCACAAGCAUAACUGAUAUUCCAUCUGAUGGAAAAAUUUCCUCUGAUGGACAAGAAUUCCUUUGUAAAACAUUAAGUGUAAGGAAAGACACUGCAGCCCAGAUGGAGGAGGUCAAGAUCUGUGCUGGGCCUAGUAUCCAGAAUCAAUCUGCCUUAGAUGUCCAGAAUACAAUGACUUCCAAGAAUCUAUGUCCAAAAGAAAAUAAAAGUGCCUCAGUAAGUGAACCUGCCUCUGACAACAAUAAAGUGGACAGUAAGGUGGCAAAUUACAGUCUCCAUGAGAAUACUUCAGAUGCUGAGGAGGUGAAGCUUUGUUCCAGUGAUCCACAGCAACCAGAGGGUAAGAGAUCAUAUCAGACAAACCAGUCAUCCCAUGGAACAAUGAAUGACCCAGAUCAACCUGUGUCUAAGUCGCCAUCAGACAAAGAGAGUUCUACUGUGAUUUAUCUGCAUACUGAGCUUCAUCAGAUACCAGGAGGCACCUCUGAAGAGCCACCGCGCCAACUAUCCAGCAAGACAGGGCAUGGAUUAGUGGGAGAAAGCCCCAUUAACUAUGUCAGAGAAAACCCAUGGCCGACUGCCAGAAGCCUCUCCCAACAGGACACUGGCAUUACUCAGGUUGCUACUGUAGGUGUCGGUGGAGAUGGUUCACAGUCCCCAGGUUUAUGUUGGAAUCUGAGUACACACAAAUCCAAGACCUCAGAUUCAAAUGUUAGAUCACCUUCUGGAGGUUCUGACUUCAACAAAUGGGAAUUAGAAAAUAAAGCUGAUUUUAUCCCAGAGGCUGUCUUCAAUUUUAAGAAAAGAUAUGGCUUAAAACCACUUAGUGAUUCAGUUUGUCCUACAGGAAGUGGUACAUUUGAACAUCAAACGAAAACUAGUCCUCCAAAAUUAAAGACUUUAGAUGUUCAAAGAAUCAGUAUAGCCCAGGAGGAACCUGAACAUAAAGUAUUCAGAAGUGAAAGCCCACCACUUUCUGACACAAAUAGUGCCCUGGACCAGUUUACUAAAUUUCAACCAAUAGCAAUCAUGUCCAGCUUCUUGAAUUUAAACAAGCAGCUGGAUGGGAGCAGUUGCCAUGAAUUAUCCAGAAUCGGUGACAGAAUGCAGAAUGCAGCUCAGCAUGGACUCUCAAGAUACACCAUUCAAACUUUAGAACACAGCAUGGAAGGUUCCAAAUCAUCAGUCAUAUCACAGGAAGAGCCACAACCAUCUAUUACCCAGAGAACAUAUAUAGAUCUUCAGCUGUCUCUGGCAUCUGGUUUGACAUCACCAGUAGUUAAAUAUGGUAAAGAAAAAACUUUGAAACCCACCAAAGAGUCCAAAAUGAAAACACAUGCCAAAAUAGCAUCUAAACUGUCUCCCAUUUCCAGAAGUGGCAUGUUUAAAAGUGAAGGGCUUGAUUUACUGCAUUGCACUAAAAAAGCUCAAUUUACUGCAGCGAAUGGCCCAAAACCAAGUCACGCACUGUUGUCUGACGAAACCCUGAAAUUCAGCACAUUUGGACCCAAUGUUCAGACCGUGGAAAGGUGGAGCCUGUCCAAGGAUGUCAACUUGUCUGCAGACUACAAGCCUUUCUCUGUUCGACAUAAAAUAAAGUCCUUUGAAAGCCUUGCCAACUUAGAUAAACCUGUGGCUAAAAGUAGUGCUGUUCAUACUUUUUCUGUGGCAUAUACAGCUUCACUUAACCAAAGGAUUGCUGGUUACAUAGACUUGGUUAAUUCUGUUGACUGGCAAGGCCACCAAAGGGAUAACAGCUGGUAUGACUGUUUGACAUCAGUAGCAUCCCUCCCACCUCCUCUUAGUAGAGCUGCUGAGGAUGAAGAUCAGAAAGGCCCAGAUAGGACCACAUCACAUACUUCUCUGGUGCUGCGAAGGAAACAUGGCAGACUUCCUACGAGAAAAGUGCAUCAGCUUAGGGCCCUCAGUAUGCCUGAUUUAGAAAAGAUAUGUGGAGGUGACUUUAGUGGCGGAAAUAAUCCAGCUGUUAAUAAAAAUGAUCCCAGCAGCCACGUAACUUUUACUCCAAAAGCCGAAGUGACUGCUUGUCUCUCACCAACUGCAAUGCUACGUUGUGGUGGUGAUGCAUCUUCUGAGGACACUCCUAAGGGCGCCCCAGAGACCAGAGAGCCUGGUUGGUCCAUCAGAUUAAAGGAGUUGGUAGCAUGUCCUGUGAGUCAGUGUAAGCUGCAAACACUGCUGACCUCCGACACAGCUCAGUCAUAUGUGACGAGUCUACUGGAAGAGACCAAGACCCACUCAAAGGUAAUGUUGCAUGAUUAAAGAAGAAUUUAUUACCAUAGUCAUAUUCCUGUGUAGUGUUGCACCUGUUUG